CAAAAAUCCAAGGGGCGUCUGGCUUCACCGUGCUUUCACACAUGACUUCUCCCUUUUCUGCGGUGUCUAUGGCAACAGCACCAACAACAUAAGCUAAUAUGUCGGAGCCGAUGAUGGAGAAAGAAAGUCAGUCAACCAGACGAGUUUUCAUCAACAAUAUAGACUCAUACUCAUCCAAGUAUAUCGCCAUGUUUCUAUGUGAACGUGUUGUGGGAGCAGCUGUGGACCCUGAUGAUGGUGAGGUGGAGACUGAGGAAGAGGAAAGGAUGGAGUCGGGAGCUCUUCAGCUUGUUGGAAGUGUUUCUGAUCAAUCUGUCCAGGACAGACCACAUGUGCUGGAGGAGUAUUUCAACCUGGACAGGGAGGAGCUCCUUCCAAAACUGAUGAACUGUGAUGUUAUCAUCUACAACAUCAGCCAGCACAGUGAGCAGGUGGAGGAAGCCUUGUGGGUUGUCUCAGCUCUUCACAAGGAAAUGGCCAUUUUUUCUGGACCAAAGAUGUUCAUUCUCAUCUCCACAGUGAUGACCUGGGCGAGAAGCAAGCUAGUCAAUCCCACAUCGUGGCUGGGACAAAAACAUGAAAUACCUGUCUUUGGAGAUGGCAACAAUAUCCUGCCCACCAUUCACAUCAAGGACCUAGCAAGUGUGAUUAAGAAAGUGAUUGAACAUCAACCCAAGCCAUAUUACCUGCUGGCUGUGGACUAUUCCAACAACACCAUGGAAGAGAUUGUGAAGACAGUUGCCUCUGUACUUGGACCAGCGAAGAUCAAGAAAAAGCCAAUUGAAGAAGCCUUCCUCAUACAGGACUUAAGUAUAACGGAAAUUGAUUCCAUGCUGGUGAACCUUUGCAUGGAGAGUGUCUACCUCAAAGAACUGCUCUCUAUCAACUGGUUGUGUGAGUCUGGUUUGGUGGAUCAAAUAGAGCUGGUGGUGGAGGAGUAUCGGCAGACCAGAAAAUUGCUGCCUAUCCGCCUGUGUGUACUAGGCCCUCCUGCAGUGGGGAAAAGUACAGUGUCAAAACUGAUCUGUGAACGUUACAAGCUCCACCACAUUACACUGGAGGAGACCAUCUCUGAAACCAUCACAGAACUAGAAAAUACUGUGAAGAAUUCUGAUGUAGAUGCAGAGAAUGAGGAUUCAGCAGCAGAAGCCCAGGAGUUGCUCCACACCCUGAAGGAUAACAUGGAGCAGAAUGGAGGCCUUUUGGAUGAUGAGCUGUUGGUAAAGGUGCUGAAGGAUAAGCUGAUGUCUAACCAAUGCAGAAAUCAGGGCUUUGUUCUGGACGGCCUUCCCAAAACAUAUGAACAAGCUAAAGAGCUCUUUAGUGCUGAUGAGCAUGAAUCAGAGGAUGGAACAUCCCAGAUGUCUUCAUAUAACAGGAAGAUGUUGCCAGAGUUUGUGCUGUGUCUGGAUGCGUCAGAUGCUUUCCUGAAGGAUCGAGUGAUGAACCUGCCCGAGAGGCUGGUGCAGGAGCACAGCUACAAGCAGGAGCAGUUCCUGCAACAGCUUGCCAGAUACAGAGAAAACAGCUUGGAGGGUGAAACUGUUGUCAACUACCUUGAUGAGCUGGAUGUAGCCCCUCUGUACCUGGAGGUCACCAGCAGUGAUGAACCUGAUCACCUGCUGCUGAUGCAGAGGAUCUGUGACACCGUGGGCAAGCCCAGGAACUACGGCCCCAACAGCCAGGAGGUGGAGGAGGAGCAGAGGAAAAGGGCUGAGGAGAAGAUGAUUAGAGAAUCUCAGGAGAGGGCACAAGAGGAGCAGAGGGAGGUGGAGGAGGCCAGACAGAGAGCUACAUGCUGGGAGGAGUGGGGUUUGGAGGAGGUGAGGCAGCAGGAGGAGGAGCUGCUGCAGGCCCAGUCAGUCCCUAUAAGGAAUUACCUGCUGGAGCAUGUCAUGCCCACUCUGACCCAGGGUCUGAUCGAAUGCUGCACAGCACAACCACCGGACCCCGUGGACUUCCUGGCAGAGUUCCUGUUUAAAAACAGCCCGUCAGACUAUUAAAAGUGGAGGUCAUUACUUGUGGUUUCACACACACACACACGAUACAAAUACAGACCAAUAAUUUAAAUAAAAUCCUUUUUCCCUUCCCAAUCUCCCUGAGUUCUUAAGGAUAAUAAAAACUAGUACCAG